CGGGCCGCCGGGAACGGGGCGGAGCGCGGCCGCGCCGGCGCGUCGAGUGGGAGAGGCAGCCGCUGCGAUGGACGUGUUCCUCAUGAUCCGGCGCCACAAGACCACCAUCUUCACGGACGCCAAGGAGUCGAGCACCGUGUUCGAGCUGAAGCGCAUCGUCGAGGGCAUCCUCAAGCGGCCGCCCGACGAGCAGCGGCUAUACAAGGAUGACCAACUUCUGGAUGACGGCAAGACACUGGGCGAGUGUGGCUUCACCAGUCAAACAGCUCGGCCACAGGCCCCAGCCACUGUGGGACUGGCCUUCCGGGCAGAUGAUGCAUUUGAAGCCCUGCGCAUCGAGCCUUUUUCCAGCCCACCAGAGCUGCCUGAUGUGAUGAAGCCACAGGACUCAGGAAGCAGUGCCAAUGAACAAGCUGUGCAGUGAGAGAGCCUGGCCCCAACCCCUGACUGUCCCAUCUCCAAUAAAAGAUUGCAGCGUCUGCCUGAUUGCAGCCUUUUUCUGCGUACCCUCACCUGACUCCAGGCAUCAUCCUCACCAGGAUGGGAUUCCUUCCCAGCCUCUCCUCUUGCUUGCCAGGUUGGCCUGUUAGGCCACAGGGAGAAAACUGGGAGGAACCCAGAGCCCCAAACUAGUCUCAGCCUGCUCUAGCCCAGGGACGAAAGUGUGACAAGGUUUUAUUCAUUCACAGUAGUCGUCCAUCCCCUCCCCGGCACACUGGCUCCCAGACAGGGGCCUCUGGUCCCGCUCAGAGACUAGGAGCAAAAGUAUAAGCCAGAACCUGUGUGUGGCUUUAAAGCUGAUCUACAUGGGCCCCAGACCUCCUGGACUGCAAUCAGUAUAAAGGGCAGCUCUUCUCCAACCCCUAAUAAACAGUAUAUA